AGGGAUGUGCCUCAGUUUCUGUCUUCUUUAUUGCACAUGCGGAAUUCCUGAUCACUUUGUUUUUUCAUUUGGGAAAAGUAAAGUGUCGCUGCAGACGCGCUGGUAGGGAGCAAAGGCGCCUGCUGUGAAUCCUGAACAAACCCUGGAGAACACGUUCUCCCGCCCUGCUGAAGUAGACAGCCAUCACUUCCAUAACUUUCUUUUACAUUUUUUGCGACCUGAACCGAUUGAACGAUCACCAGUUCGACAUGGCGUCUCUUUAUCAGAGAUUCGGGGGUCAGAUCAACACCAACAAAUCCUUCCCCAACCCACCGGAGGCGAGUCAGGUCCUCGGACAGGCCGGAGAUCAGGGAGACCGGGCGGCGGGGAUCCAGAAAGCCCGGCUUCAGCCCCGCCGCCGCUGCUGCGAGGACGAAGCUGAGCUGGUGGGCAGCAACCCUCCGCAGAGGAACUGGAAGGGAAUAGCGAUCGCCCUUCUUGUCAUUCUGGUCAUCUGCUCGCUGAUCGUCACCUCCGUCAUCCUGUUGACACCAGGAGAAGAUGAUCGUCUGGCUCUGAAAGGCAAAGUUACGGUUGGAGAUCUCUUCAGAAAAGAAUUCAAGGUUCAUGAUCCAAACGCUAAAUGGAUAAGCGGUAAUGAGUUAUUGUACCGUAACCGAGAUGGCGACGUUGUCAAGUACAACAUCGACACGGAUGAGCAAACUGUCUUGGUUCAUAACAAGAAGUUUGAAAUGUACAAAGCCAGCAGGUAUGAGGUGUCCCCUGACUUGAAGCAUGUGCUGCUGGCCUACAACGUUGCAGCGGUGUACCAGUAUUCUUAUACGGCCUUUUACAUCAUCUGCAGUCUGGAGACUCCAGAGACAUGGAACCUGAACCCCCCAGAGGUGCGAAAUGCUCAGCUGCAGUUUGCAGGAUGGGGACCCCAGGAUCAACAACUGAUAUUCAUUUUUGAGAACAACAUCUACUAUCGAUCUAAGGUGGAGAGCCGUUCAAUUCGUCUGGUGUCUACUGGAAGGGAAGGCUUCAUCUUCAAUGGACUCAGUGACUGGUUGUAUGAAGAGGAGAUCUUCCACUCACACAUCGCCCACUGGUGGUCCCCUGAUGGAGCCAGGUUAGCCUAUGCCACCAUCAAUGACACUCUCGUGCCUAAGAUGGAGCUGCCAAUGUUCACUGGAUCACCGUACCCAGUGGGAAAGGAGUAUCCAUACCCUAAGGCUGGUGAAGAGAACCCGGUCAUCACCCUGUAUGUUGUAAACCUUAAUGGGCCCCUGCAUACUAUCGAGAUGAGAAAACCUGAUGAUCCCAGGAUUGGUGAAUACUACGUGACGAUGGUGAAGUGGGCCACCGCGACCAAGCUGGCCAUUAACUGGCUGAACAGAGCCCAGAACAUUUCCAUGCUGACGCUGUGUGAAGCCACGACGGGCGUCUGCACAAAGAAACACGAAGAUGAAAGCGAAGGCUGGCUCUACAGGCAGAAUGAGGAGCCUCUGUUUUCUAAAGACGGCCUCAAGCUCUUCUUCACUCGCGCCAUUCCCCAAGGGGGCCGUGGGAAGUUCUUCCACAUCUCCAUGUCCGUCUCUCAGCCCAACACCAGUAUAGACACCCUGCAAUCCAUUACAUCUGGAGACUGGGAUGUCACCAAGGUCCUGGCCUACAAUGAAGACAGCCAAGUGGUAUACUUCCUGAGUACUGAAGACGGACCGAAGAGGAGACACUUGUACAGCGCCGACACAUUUGGAUCAUUUAACCGACGCUGCCUGUCCUGUGCCUUGGCCGACAGCUGUGGCUACGUCAGCGGCUCCUUCAGUCACAACAUGAGUUACUUCCUGCUCAACUGCCAAGGGCCGGACAUCCCAUUUGUGGCAGUGUACAAGACCCAAAGAGAUGCCGAAAGUGAGACUCAGGAAAGAGAGAGUAUUUUAGAGGUUUCUAAACUGGAGAGCAACGAGAACCUCAGGCUGACUCUCGACUCCAUGCAGAUGCCUACAGUGGAGUACAAGGAGAUCAACAUGGACGAAUAUAUCUUGUCUUUAAAGAUCCUAAAACCCGCCGGCUUUGUGGAUUCAUCACACUAUCCGCUCCUUCUGCUGGUUGACGGGAACCCUGGCGGCCAAUCGGUGUCAGAGCAGUUUGUCUUGGACUGGGCUACGGUUCUGGUGAGCAGCUUUGGUGCCAUUGUGGUGCGCUGUGACGGUAGAGGCAGUGGCUUCCAGGGUACCAACGUUCUGCACCGGAUCCAUAAGAAGCUGGGCGUGUUUGAGGAGCAGGAUCAGACGGAUGCUCUCAGUCUUAUUCUGAAUGAGCCGUACGUGGACCAAACCAGGGUCGGAGCUUUUGGACAGGUGUAUGGAGGCUACGUGACCAGCCUGUUACUCAGCGGUGAGGAGUCUCCACUAAAAUGCGGAGCUAUCCUCUCACCCAUCAUCGACUUUGAAUUAUAUGCUUCUGCUUUUUCUGAGAGAUAUCUUGGGCUGCCUAAACCAGAUCCAAGAGCAUACACGAUGGCAAAUUUAGCACACAGAGCAUCUCAGUUCAUGGAUAAGAAGUUUCUUAUCAUUCACCCAACAGCUGAUGAAAAAGUCCACUUCCAACACACAGCGAAAUUCAUCUCCCAGCUCAUCAGUGAAAAGGCCAACUACACCUUGCAGAUCUACCCAGACGAGGGCCACUUUAUCCACAGCGAAGCAACAAGGCAGCACCUGAGUCAGUCCCUGGUGAAUUUCUUCGAGGAGUGCUUCAGGCUACCAGAAAGUGUGUUUGAGGAGGAAUUGGAAGAGGAGGUUGAAGAUGAGGGUUAGAUUGUCUUCGACAGGCUCCCAACCUCCUUUUUCUCUCCCCUUUCAUUUGGUCAUCAACAUUCCCUCUGUCUUGUAUCUGUGCUCAAGCACGGCCAAGUUGUCCAUAUAUGUUUAACUCGCAAUCUGCAGUGCCAUCCGGCAGACGGAUCUAACUAUAACCUCAAUCUUCCCUUGUUCAUCCAGAGCCCUGACUUGGAUUCUAAAAAGGCCCACGGAGGUAAAAAUGACAGAUGAUGUUUUGAAAUACACUGAAAAGAAGCAGACUCCUUUACAGCCGGAUGGACAUCUUUAAAAGCAAUGGAGAGAAUGCAUAAGCCUACACAGACUUUCAAGAUGUGAUGAGAGGAAGCACGUUAUAGCACACAACCUUUGGGCUUGUAUAUAAAUAAAAUUCACAUCCCUGGCGCUGACUGGCAGUGUUCAUAAGGGGUGUCUGGAACUGUGUGGAUAAAGGGAACUUGAAUAUUUUUAAAGUUGUGAUGAACUUUUCAUGGACUGUGGUUGUGUAUCUGUUGUUCUUAACAGUAUGUAAAAUAGCACACAAAUCCUCAUCCAGCUGUUUUUCCUUUAAGUGUUGUUUGCCUCAAUAAUGCUGGUUUUAUCUUUUAGGUUCGUACCGAUUACAGUUAUGCUGAGGUCUUUGACAAGCAAAUGUCUAACGGGAAAGAAAUAAGCCAUUUUUGUUUGGGAUUAUUAAUUGGACAAAGUUGAUUUUGUUUUCAUCCAAUAUUGUUUUGUGUUUUAUUCACGGUGCCUUACUUUAUCAGAAAACAAAGCUUAAUUUAUCAAAAAAAACACUAAGAUAUUUGGGGUUCAUAACUUCAACACUAUGAGAUUUUUUUUGUUAAUUUCAGUUAGUCUCCAUCUGACUGUUUAAAUUAUUAAAAAGCAUUUAUACAUGGAGUUUAGACAAAAAGAUCAAUAUUUUCUUUCAAAAACAAAAUAUAUCUUUAAGUUGAAAGGGGAUUAGGGUCACUGUGAAAAAAAAAAAAGAUGUCUGACUUUCUUAGCCUUUCAUAGGUAGGUGAUGCUAAUUAGCUUCAUACCUGUAAUAUCUAAAUACAGACAGGCAGGUGAAUAUGUAGCCUACUGAGGACACAGUUCAGAUUUGCUGUGAUCUUAUCAAGUGGUUAAAAGUGAAAACUAAACAUUUUUCAAAUAAAGCCUGGUUUAUGCCUAAUUAUUUCUCUUUAAAACCUACGCCUCUCUGGUUGGCCUGAUUUACCAGACAGAGGAAUAUUUGUAACUACGAGGAAAGCUGCUUGCAGAAAAACAUGGUGGACGAGCGACAGCUUCUGCAAGCAAGAGUUUGCAAAUACAAACAUCUACGGGUAUCUUAUAAUUUGGCCCAUAAAUAUGACCAGGAUCAGCAGCUUAUAAAAAACUCUGAAGGAAAUAACUUACUCUUGGAUUAAAUAAUGUGGCUUUGAGUUGGAAACAGUGUGUUUUCCACUUAAACGUGUCGAGUGGUCCUGUUAGCUUACGGUCUGCCAUGCACGCCCCUCUAGAGUCGGCCAGAAUAGAUCUAGGAGGAAAAGCCAUGUGGAGUAUAAAACCUGCAGACACUGCAGUCCAUGCAUGAGUCAAAGACAAGUGAGCACAGUGGUGUAAUAUUUAGCAAAUUAACUCAGUUAAUUAUUUAAAUCUACACAAGGUUAUGCUAUAUACACAUACACACAUACAUAAAUAUAUAUAUAUAUAUACGUGUGUGUUUUGUUUUUUUCUGAUUUGGGGUUUGAAGCUUUUUAUUGGCACUAGGCAAUUAAAGAAUGGAAAUAAUACAAUCAUUUUCAUGCAAUUGUAUCCAUUUUAAAUUAUGUGCAUGUAUUUCUACUAUGGCAUAUUAAAUCCAAGUAUUAAAUUAUAGGAAAUAAGCAUACAGAAUUUCAUAUGGUAACACAACACUUAGGUAAAAGCUUCUGGGAGUGCACAGUAAAGGGAUUUCUCAGUAUUUGAACUACUUACAUGAUGAAUCCAUAAUGCUUUUUCAAAAUCAUAUUUGGACUCGAUAUCAAAGUGUUGUUCAUUGUUGGGUAGAGAAGCAAAAAAGUGUUCUGAGGAAAAUUGGUGCUACUAUUGCAUAUUUUGAACAAGUAAAACGAAAACAUAGCGACCAAGUGUUGAAAUAGAAUCAGUGAGAAAGGAAAGCAGCCAUUUCAAAUUGUACAUUUAAAUCCGGCAAUCUGAAAAUGCUUUUCAAAUUGAACAUUUUUAUUUGAUUU